UAUUUUCAGUCUGGCGGCAACAACGAGAUGAGCCAAGGCCGCCGGCCAACGAUGGGUGGCACCUACCCCCAACAGGGCGGCCAAUAUAUGGGCCAACAGAUGGCCAUGGGGCCAGGGCCUGGUCCUCAGCGAUUUAUGAUGGGUGGACAGGUAGGAAUAUGGAUUCAUUUAUGAACUAAAUUUUAAAGCAUUUUACUUUGAAAGUGCAACUUCUUUCACAACUUCUUUCACUAUUUUAUUAUCAAGACCCAAGACAAAGUUGAUAAAUAAAAGUAAUUAAUUUUUUUAAAAUUAUUAAACAGGCCUCUUCUAAUUCAGUCAUCUGACAGGUUUUGAUAGAAAAAAAUGUUUUAAAUAUUUCAUCAUUUGUCAUGCUAAAACUCAUGUAGGGCCUGGCCUGCUCCACUACAUUUUUCCAUUUUUUUUUAUCCAUGAAUUUCUGCCAUAUAAAUUUGUUUAUAAGUAUAUUUUGGUUAGGAUAUAAAUGUAAUUUUGUGCUAAAGGUUUGUGUUGUUCUUCAACAGAUACCAAAUCAGAUGUUUGGCCAUCCACCAUCACAGCCCCAGAUGUACAUGCCCCCCUCUCAGCAGCCCCCGGGACCACCACUCUCACCUGCAGCCCGACCCCCAACCCCACAACAGUCACAGUUACAACAGAUGCAAAAUAUGGUCCAAAACUCCCCCAAACAACCCUCUCCGUCACUAUCAGAUCAUGGCUCAGUAUAUGUAAGUAUUUAAAAUGAGGAAAAGAAACAACCCCCACCAACCAUCAAAGACCUAUUUAUAAUGGUCAACUGAUGUAAAACUAGCAUUCUAAACUCUUCCUGUGUUAAAAAGGGCAAUCUUUAGCUGGAAAGGAGAAAACCUAAAUAAAAAGGGAUGUCAGGACGUCAAGCAAUUGUAUAGCUGAUUCGAAUUGAAAUAAGAAUCUAAUGACAGUGAUCCAGUUGUCCUUGUCUGUCGUGGGGUUAUAUUACAUCAACAUUAUUACAUUUUGUUCAGCAUUAAAUUGAAUUUAAAUUGUUUUUUUAUGCAUACAUUUUUUUCCCACACCAAUGUAUAAAUUUAAAUCUUAUCGUUUACUGAAUGAAAUAAUACAUAAAUUCAUAAUGAUCAUUUUAAAAUUUAUUUAAAAAGUCAAAAUAAUUUUAUUUUACAGUCGAUGAAACAAGAAGAAAAUAGUCAAGACAUGAAAUCGGUAAGUACAUUUCAGAUAGGUUGACUUAAGUAGUGGGCAUUCAGGACAGAUUGUUUCUAGUUUGCCGGGAAACAGUUGGACAGCUCAAAUUUAAUACAUGUUAUUGUUUGUGUUAUGCUUAGCCACAAAAUCAAUAGUCAAACACUCAGUACAUAAGAUAAACAUUUCAUAGUUGGAUUUGAUGAACUUAUAAAAAUAAAUUUGAGGGGUGUUCGGAUCUCUUGAUAUGACACUUAGCUGAAACUUUCAAAAAACAAUCCUGCAAAGAUCUUGUUUUCAAACAACAUAAGCUCUUUUUCUCUGUAGCCAAAGAACUGUGUAAAUGUAUGUGAAAGUGUUAAGAUUGCCAGUGUACUUGUGCUGUCAGCUAAGCAAGUUUUCAAAGUGGGAUUUGGUUGUUUUUUUAUGUUCUUUUGUCAGAAUGAGAAUAGAGACAUUUUGCUGAAACUUAAUGGAAGAAAAGAACUUUGCUUAAAAACAUAUAUGAGGUCACUGCUUUGUUGUUAAAAUAGGGUUUCUGUUAUCUCAACUCUUGUUAAUUUCUUCUUAUCCCAUCCCCAUGUCAAAUGAAUAUAAUUUCAUUGAAACAUAUGAUAAAAUAUCUAGUGAAACUCCCAAAAUAAUUUCAAAAUGAGACUUAAUUGUUUUGGUAGGUAAAAUCACAAUUAUUUUUGCUCAUACAGCUUCCUAUGGAUGCAACUAAUUUUGGAUAGAGCAUUUAGUAAAUUAGUAUCCAUUUUCUAAGCUCAUGGGUGGCACUAGGGCAGCACAAGUGAUAAAACAAAGGGAUAUGAUAAAACAAGGCACCACUUUAUAGAGUUGAUGUCAUAAACCAGAGUCACAGAGUGUAGUUAUCAUGUUUCAGUCACUGCCAGUUGCUGGCAAAAUUGCAAGGAUGGCAUCUGCCUGUACUGAAUAAAAUACAAACAAUAAAAUUGUUCAUAGUUUUCUUAAUGAAACAAUACCUUAACUUAAGUUUACUCUGAUGCCAUCUGAAUGUCAGACAGGUAUACAAUAUUUCAUUAAGUUUUUUUAAAGAAUAUAUUUAUUUAUUAUAAACACUUUCGGAUGAAAAAAAAAGAAGAAAUAUUUUGUUUUGACAUUUGGCAAAUUUAAAUUUAUUUCCCUACACUGUCAUUAUAUUAUAUUAAAUUGUCGAAGAUGAAAGGGCAAUUAAAUAUUAUUGUUAGAGAGCAGAUAUCCAUGUUGCUCGCAAGAAAUAAUGCCACUGAGUAAUACAGCUGGUAGUGACUUUGGAGCAUGUCAGUCUCAAUUACUAUUGUUUUUAAAUGAUGGGUUGAGUGUGUCUUGUGGUAGAAACAAGGUUCAUGAAACUGAGCUCUUCAUAUAAGUGGCUCUGCAUUAAAGCCUUUGUUAUUACACAUGCUCUGGGAAUUAGCCAAAGUUAUUUGAAAUUUCCUUAAUCUGUUGUUGUUUUUUUUUUGUUUCUGGCCCUAUAAGCCAGAAUUUUUUUUUCCUAUAACUGUACUAACAAAAAAUUAUUUAAAUAAAACUCUUGUCUUAUUAUAUAAAAAAAAGACUGUAAAAACUUAGACUUGCCCCGCACAUUUUUUUUUAAUAAGCUUAAAUAGUAAAUAUUUCUUACUGCUGUUUGACAUGUGUAAGCAGAUAUAGCAUAUAGCAGAAAAUUAAAUAUACAUAUAUUGUAUUUGUAAAGGAUGAUUUAAUUUUUGUUUUAAAGCAUAAUCGUUAAUUUCUGACUUAAAUGAAGACUUCACACGUUGGCUCACUCACUGGCUGAGGGGACUAUGGUAGAAAAGUGAUUUCGAACCCUGACAUUAAAGAAUUAUUAGCUACCGACCACCUUAUCGCGGCGUGGCCUACUUACACAGUGUUUCUGAAGUUGCAUGACUCAACAAGUGACCCAAAAUAUUUAAAAUAAAAUGGUUUAAAAUAAGUUUUGAAGCUAGAGCAGAAGACGGAAGGAGAAUGCUAAUACAAGUUUAUUUCAUCCAAGCUGUAGUUCAGUUUAGAGCACUGUACUUUAUAAACAAACCAAAACUUUUCCUCUUUGUUUUGUUUUUUAAUUGUUGGUGUGGGGGGGGGGGGGGGGGAGUCACUUCGUUGUGUUACGCAGUCACAAAUCAGACUCGGGUUGGCGUGCUUCUACGUUUGUCCUACUCCGUACAUAAGGCUAGACCAGGCUGUAUUCUGCUUAGCUAGUAGUGUCUAUGAAAAGUGUCGCUCUUCAGGCUCUUCGGGUAAUAUUUGCACACCAUAUCUUGCUGUUAUCUUAUGGGAAAAGGGGGGGGGUCGAAUCCGGAGACCCACCAAAGACAAUGUUUCAGCAGCUUUAUACCGCGGACCUUCUCUGUUCCAGGAGGCGCUCGCUUCAUUCUGGGUAUGAGCAUGUCCUAAUACUAAUAGUCGCAUGCAACCCACCUGUAGCCGACUGGCAGCAAUGAACCGUGACCUGCUUUAGGACAGGGUUAUAAAAUAGUUUAAAUUUUUUUUUUAACUACUGUUCCGCUUCAUAAUUAUAUUCAUUGUAUCUGAGUAUAACGUGGUAUAAUAAUGCGGUGUUUCCACAACAGUUUAUCCGCCUUUGAGUCUUUGCUAGUUGUAUUAUAUAAAUAAGCUCGUAAACUCCUGCCUAUAAAACUGUUCAAACAUGACUAGAGCUCUUUUAGGCGUGGUGCACUGGUUCUUAAUGUUUUAUCUUUUAACGAAACAAAUUUUAAAUUGACAUUCCAAUGUAGCGGCUUGUGAAAUUGCCAGCGAUGACUUCAUAUGCACACAUAUAAAAUAUAUCAUAAUAAAUGGUUUGCGUUCAAGCUGUGUGAAUGAAAUAAUAUAAAAUACAUCAACUGCAUUGAAGCCCGGACUUGGUCAGUACAGCGUAGACAUGGAAGGGGCCACCACUCUACAGACGGCUUCAUUGUAGCUGUUUCUUACCACGUUAAAAUGAAACCCAUGUGAAUAUUCAGGGAAAUACAGAACACGUGUUCAGAUUUGGAAAGCCUUCUUUUCAAGAACAAUGAUGUGAUUUAAUUAUUAAUAUAGACUUGCUGGCUUUCACAAAUUAUUACAGAAAGAGAGGGGGGGGGGGCUUUUAAAUACCUAAUAUACUCUGUGCAUGGUAUAAUUUAUAUACGGUUUUGUGUGGGGUGGGGUACAUUUGCCGGGGAGUUGUCUCCCGACACCUAUUAUACUUAAAUCAAAUUUGAAACUCAGGGUGACAGUCUUUGAGUCUGCCCAUUUGGGUUAGUCUGCCUAUCAGGGACGAACAUAAUAACUUUAUUAAAGUAUACCAUUACAACUUAAUAUAACCGGGAAAACAAAUUAGUUAACGUUUUAAGCAUAUAAGUAUGUAGUACCCCAUGCUGGUUCAAUGUACUCCCUUCUAACAAUUUAUUCAACGUAAUCAUUAAGAAAUUUUAAUCCGACCUCUAAAUAAACCUUUCAUUAAAUUAUGCAGAUCAUCUAAAAGAACUUGUGCAUGAAAUCAUAAAGUAAUACUAGCGUGAAAAAAAUAUUUGUUGUUGUUAUUAUUCCCGAGUUAUUCUACAGGGGAGAGCUUUAAUUGUAUUCUAAAUACAAUUAAUGCUAACGUAGAAAAUUUGAUGUCGUAAUUUCAUACUCUCCAGCUGUAUGUAAUGAAAUUAUCGGCGAGUCAAAUGGGGAGAGGGGUGGUGGGAAAAAACCCUCCUCUUCCUUUCAGUAAUUACCGAUGAUUCCCUUCAGACUUAAGGCCGUUGUAAAUAACUUUUCGUCGCAAACAGCCUCGUCGCUCAAGGAAUUCCCUUUCCCUCUCUCUCUGAGCCCGUUUCCCUCUUGUAUUCACUUCCCUCUCUAUCUCCCUCGUUCGAAAUCUCCUCACAUAAAACUCGGAGCCCCGUUUGCCAUUACUCUUUGUUCAGGCUAUGGGGGGAAAAGACUGAUAGGCCUGUCUAAAAAUAACAACGAGACCCAUGCAGAGCCGACGUUCGUAUAAGCUUGACUGGCGCGGGAGGAAAAACCCCACAUCUGCCUCGGAGGAAAUUGUGAGGCUCUUUCGGGGAUACAUAGCCAACGCUAACGCAAAAAUAGUUUUUAGGUAAAUUUAAGAAGAGUUCUUUCCCGUUGGUCCAAAGCGCUAUUAAAAAAAAAAGUAAUGAAUGUUAAUGCAAUCUCCUUAUUUUUUUGUAUUUUAUAAAUUAUUUUAUCAUAGUUGUCGCCGGGUAUGAUGAACAUUUUGAUUUAGCGAUGAACUAAAUUGAAAAUGUUACGCAUAUAUUUUGUUGGUAUAUUAUUUUCAUUUCAUAACAUUGAAUUAUUUUUUUGUCAGUUUUUACUAUUUCCUUUCAUUAAAGCUGAAUUUCAGCAAUUCAUGCAGGUAUAAUUUAACUUAAUUAUACGAUAGAAAUAAUUUCAAGAAAUAUUUUAGUAUUUUUAGUAAUUUUAAAGGACAUUCGGCGAACCCCAUUUUAUGAACACACACGACAGACAUUUACGUAUGCAUUUACAUUCGUCCAUCAAUUAAAUGAAUAUGUUCAGUUCGUAUUCAGUCUCGUUCUGUGUGUUUAGUGGAGUAAAAAAAAAACAACUGUCAGCUAGCGAUGAAGUAACAUUUUAGAGGAACAUUUAUUUAUUAAAGAUAACGAAAUACAUAAACACAUCUUUAAAAAAAAUUGUCAUUGGCUUGUUCAUACAUAUAAGUAAAAUAGCGCAGUUAGUCAACCGCACGGUUGUAUUAUUUGUCUUCAACAGUUAUGAAAAACAGCCCUGUUUAACAUUAUAUUUUUCAUUUGCUUCACCCCGAAAGAACCCCAGCCUCUAUAGUAAAGCUUCAUUUUGUGAUAAGCCUUGUGUUGGCUCUCCUCCAUGCUGGCGUGUAUUGAUUUUCUAGCCCUCAGCUAUAGAUUACCCUCGGCCCACAACGAGCUAGCUUUCCUGCCCGGCCCUUACUCAGGCAGUCAGCGCAAGCUGUGCUUCUAAUAAGGCGGAUUCCGCUUAAGUGCAAUGCGUUUAUCCGGAGAAAGUGACGUAUAAUAGACUUGAAACUACACACCGCACACACCGCCUUUGUCUUAUUUUCGGUUAUUCGCAAUUCUCUUUAAACUCAACGCCGGGGUUCCCAACAGGAUGUUGCAAGUAGGCGUGUUUUGUAUUAUUCUUUUCCUCGCUCUCCAUAAUAACGCCAGUAUUGCUAGGUGGAACGUAAACCAAGUCCAACACUUAAAUUUUCGUUGCAUGGCCUACCCAUCCCCUUGAUUCACGUGGGGGUUUUGCGCUUGCUCGAUAGCUGCUGGCUGGCUUUCGUUAUUUUUCUGUGCGCUGGAGCAGCACGAAGGGGAAAAUAAAAAAAGGGGACUGAAUAACACGCUGGGAAGGGGCGCAAUCCUAUGACAAAUGUCUAUGUCUUUAUUAAGGGGGGACAACUUUAGGUACGCAUGAAGAGUGAAGUAUAGAAUAAAAGUGAUUCGGGAGGUUUAGAAAUAUAUUUUAUCUUGCACUGACAGACACUACUACUAUUUUAUGAAGAUACCCCACCUUUCCUCCCACCAUAUAAAUAAACCAUUGUGCUAGUGGGUCCAAUGGAACACAGGGCACACACAAAAAAGGCACUAGACUGAGGGGUUUAGAAAUUCAAUUAAAAUUCGCCCUAACUCAAGAGGAGGAGAAUAACUGUUAACAUGUUAGGAACGAAAAUAAUGUUUUAAAAAAGUUUUUGAUGGAAAUUGUUAAAAUGCUCUCAUAUUAAAAAUAGAAGCAUUUAAAUUUAAAGAAAAGAUUAAACAAAAAGUACGUUUAGCUCCUGCGCUGCACAAAGGAAACCGGGCGUUUGUAUUGCAAAGCGUCAUAUAUAAUAGCUCCAAUCAGUGAAAAUAUACUUUAUAUUAUAUCUGAUUAUUGAUACACUCUAUUAUCACGCCCCCAAUUUUCUCAACCGUAUGUCACCGUCCCAGGCCCAUACGGCCCGAAAACUGAAUGUUUAAAAUGAUAAAAACCAACGCUGACUACAAUACUCAACCCUGGCGCACUAAUAACACGAGAGACUAGAAAUUCGCCAGUUUAUGCCACGUGCAUCGUAUUGUCCUGAGGGCGUAGAAAAAGAGUUGGGUGGGGGUGGUUAAUACAUUGGAAACGGGAUUCCCCCGAACUAAUAUAAAGUUUGGCUUUCACACUAAAGUGAAAGUAGAAUCCACUGAACAGCAUUCAUCUGUCAUGCCAUGCCAUUGGAUUUUUUUUUAAAGCAAAGGGAAGAAAACUCUGCCCUGAUAAUUGAUCCAAGUUUGAAGGCACCGUUGUGAGAAUAUUUGGUAAAAAAAUAUGAGAAUCUUGAACAAUAUAAUGAUAACGACAAAGGCGUACUGCAUCACUGAUAGCACUGGUGGACUAUUUAAAAUAUUUCUUUUAAAAUAUUUGACUUAAAAUGGUUAUGUACAUUUUUUUUAUCAUGUCAAUACUACACUCUUUAAUAAUUUUUUUUUUUUUGAAUCAGCUGAAUGUUUAAAUAAUGUAGGACAUUCGAGUUGGUCAUUGAUAAGAUUAGUAAUUACUAAUGAAUGUUUUAAAACGGAGUUUGGUAAAACUUACACCAACAAAGUUUUGGCUUUCUCAGUCCAUAUUGAUACUUAUGAAAUGUGUUUGUUUGUUUCUAGGUGGCAUACCCGUGCUCAUCAUACUAAAAUCAUCAAACUCUUAAACUUAUACUAAAAAUUCAAGAAAAGCUUCCAUUAUAAUUAUACCCUAGCUGUGCUGACUGGCUUGUAGAGCGGGCAUAGCAUUAAGAGCAUAUAUUACUAUUAUUCGGAUUCUGUUUAUCACUGGUUCGUUAAAUUUGGGAUUAUUUAUUGAGAUGGUGUGCAUUAAAUAUUACAUUACAACUCUUUGAAGUGAGUAUUGGAAGUUUGUUCUUUAUAAAUAUUCGUUUAGUUCACUUUAUUAAGGAAUCGCCUUGAGCGAUUUCAAAUUAUAGUUUGCGAUACUCUAUUCAACGUUUCAGUAUCGCGUCAGUUUGAAAGGAUCGAUCCCGAAUCCGUGUGGUUAGCCUAGCUGGUGUGUAUAGAGAAGAGUGUCUGCCUGGCUGGCCUGCCUGCCUGCGCAUACAACAACAUAGUGGCUCGACCCAGGUGAUAAUAGAGCUUGGUUUCAGUCCAAUACUUUUCCAAUGUUGGGGCUUGGGCUUGAGACUUGAACGACCGCCUUUGCUAGGCUUCCGUACUGUGUCUAGUGAAUAAUAUGUACCGUAGUGUAGAGUUUUAUGGUACGCCUUGUAUAAGAGGACUUGGAUCGUGCUUUUACUGCAGGAAAUAUUCACGAGCUUGAUAAUUCAUAGGCUUAUAUAUAGAAGUUGGACAAUUACUUUGGUAAGUCAGAUAACUUGUGUUUACUUAAUUGUUUGAUUAUGAAAGUAGAUUGUUUAUAUUCCUACAGCGAUUGACUGAAACUGACAACACAUUAAUUUGAUGACGUUAUUGUUAUUAUUUUUUUCGAUAAUAAAAAAAAAAAAUCGAUACAAACUGAUGGAUUUGUUGAACGUAGUUCAGUGAUGAUCAGGUGUGAAAUCUAUAUUGACUUGUUUAUAUGUACACGUAUUCUUAUCUAUUUUAUUCCCCGGUGUUGUUGUCCUGUGAGUGAUUGAGCGAGUGCUGCAGCAGCAGCAGCAGCAAAAACGAAUAAGAUGAGAGGAGGAAAUGGGCCAAGUGAAGGGAUGAAUAAUACAAGCCGGGGGAGUAACCCUGUCUAAAGUUUUAAGCAGGGGAAGGGGAGACCUAGUCACGUUUAUUUCCUGUAUAUCAGUGGAUGUGUUGCGCAUGACUCGCUAAAUAAUGGGAAUAGUGAAGCCGUUUUUAUGCGGCUGAGGCUCAGCGAAGGAAGCUCAUGAAAUGAAUUGUUCUAGUUAUAGACCGAAUAAUUGAUGGUGGGGAAAAUACAGGAAUUACAUCUAAAUUGACUUGAGUAAGCCUAAAGAAAUGGGAAAGGUUAAUUUAAAUUAGGCUUUAUUACACUCCAUCAUUUAAUUUCAGAGAAUAAUAAAAAAAAAAUAUAUUUUAUUUAACAAUGUGCUGUUAAGUGUCAUAGUCAUACAGUUUUCACAUUAAUAAUAAUUAUUUUAUAUAACUGACCAAUCAUAAUCAUGAGACUAUGGAUUAUUGUUUAAAUUUGUUAUAGCCUGUUUGAUUUUAGGCACGUAAAGACAGAUAUAAGGCUACUCCUUCUUUAGAUGUGUUAAACUUUAUUUUUAUUGGUAUUGGAGCAGCAAAAGUUGGGAAAAUAUAGCCCUGUAUGCCACAUAAAAAUUAGUAUAUUUUAUGGCUUAUGCUUUGUUUUCUUUCAAUAUACAUAUACAGCUAUGCAGAAUUUAGUUCUUUCAAAGAUGGUUUAGGAAAGGGGAGGUGUGUGUGUCCCACAAAACAACCCCACUUAAAAUGCUUUAAACCAAUUAGUCUAUUGUAUUGAUUAACAUCUUAUAUUUAAGUUGGCCUGUACAAAAAUAUACUAUCUAUAUCUGAUAUUAAAAAAACUUCAAAUCUUAUGCUUAUAAAAAAACUUACCCAAUGAAACUGUUUAUAUUGUGCAUGUCCAUAUUUACAUAUUUUUCAGAUUUGUAGAAAUGAAAUUAUUUUGGAAAUUAUUAUUUUCUUUUAUAUCUUAAUUCUUUAGGAACUCGGCAAUCCUGAAGAUAUAAGUGGAGAAAACUCUAGAGGCUCAACUGGUGUUCCCCGACCAGUGCCCUCUCCAGUUGGCUCCUCUGGAUCUAGAUCAAACACCCCUGCUUCCAUUCCAGGUCAGAUUUUAAGCAUUUUAUGA